UUUUCAUCAUAUAAACAUAUUUAAAGGGAAAAGGUGAUCCAAAAAGAAAAAGUUAGAUCUCUGAGAAGAACUAGCUUUUCUUAACUGUGCCUUAUGAUCUAUUCUCAAGAUGGAAUCCAAACCAACAAUCUUAAGUGCAUUUUCAGCUGCAAGAGAUCACUCCAAAAGAACCAACUUCAUUUGCUAGUAAAAAACAUGGAUCAUCACCUGCUGCAGGUAGUUGCACUGUUGACACUGAUAGCAUUUGGAGGCACAAGUUGGAGUAUAGAAGCCUGCAGCCCCAUUGACCUAGAAGCUUUGAUGAGCUUCAAGAAUGGAAUUCAAAAGGACACAUCUGGUCGCUUAGCUAAGUGGAUUGGUGCAAGCUGCUGCAAGUGGGAAGGUAUUGUCUGUGAAAAUGCAACCUUUAGAGUGAUUCAGAUCAAUCUCCCAGGACUUAUUUCCACAGAUACAGAUUUGUCUCAAACACAAAUGAUUGGGCGGAUUUCUCCUUCCAUAACACUCCUCUCCUCCCUUGAAAUCAUUGAUCUUGGUGGUUUAGUUGGUCUCAGUGGAGCUAUUCCGGACACCAUUGGUUUGCAUCUGCCAAAGCUCCAAAAGCUCUACCUUUAUGGCAACAAUUUAACUGGUCCAAUACCAGAAAGCAUUGGAAAGUUUCCAAACCUCCAAGAACUAGCUCUGCAGGAAAAUAAGCUAUGGGGGUCUAUUCCUAUGAGCCUUGGAAGCCUUCAAGGUCUCAAAAGGUUGCUGCUUUAUUCAAAUAAAUUAUCAGGUAUAAUACCAGACUCACUUGGGAAUUUGAUAAAUUUGACAGAAUUGGAUGCUCAUGACAAUGCUCUUGUGGGUAAUAUACCCAAUAGUGUUGGUGAGAUGAAGGCUUUGACAAAGCUUGAUCUUUCAAACAAUUUUCUAAGCGGGAAGAUGCCUUCUUCAUUAACCAAUUUAACUGCCAUUUCAGUUUUAUAUCUGAACACCAAUUCUCUUGAGGGAACCAUAGCAUUUCCUUCAAGAUCUGGUGAAAUGUCUUCUCUAGGUUUCUUAAGACUCCAUAACAAUCUCCUUGGUGGAAAUAUACCUUCCAAUAUUGGCUAUUUGGUAUCUCUUCAAAGGCUUUCACUGUCAAACAACAAACUUGAAGGAGCACUGCCAUCUAGUUUAGGCAAUUUGGUAUCGCUAACUGAGUUAUAUCUCAGUGGUAACUUCUUGUCUGAUCAAAUACCAAAAUCACUAGGCCAACUUUCUCGGCUUAUAAUGUUGAACAUCUCUAGAAAUUUGAUUGAAGGACCAUUACCUCAAGAGAUAUCUUCCCUUCAAAAUCUUCAAACACUUGACCUUUCUUUCAACCAUCUGCAACUCUCUGCCAUUCCAAAAUGGAUGGCAAACAUGUCAUCACUUUCCAACGUUUACUUGGCUGGUUGUGGAAUCCAGGGCCAAAUUCCAGAUUUUUUCCAAACAACCAAUAGUCCAAUACAGGAACUGGACUUGUCAGUAAACAUUCUCAGUGGAAGCAUACCAUCAUGGAUAGGAAGCCUCAGUCAACUCUACUUGUUAAAUCUCUCUGGGAACUCUCUGUAUUCAGACAUCCCUGAUUCCUUUAGAAAUUUGCAAGAUCUUGGUGUCCUUGAUCUUCACUCAAAUAGACUAACAGGUUCCAUAGCUCCAGUAUUUGAGAUAGAACAAGGUAUUUUCGGGGGUUCACUGAAAUUUGUCGAUCUUUCUGAAAACAGCUUCUCAAGUGGAAUUGAAGAAAUUGGUGGAGGGCAACUUAGUAUUCAGUUUCUGAAUUUGUCUCAUAACCAUCUGGAAGGUAGGUUACCAAAUUCAAUUGGGAGUUUGAAUUCACUUAAUUGUUUGGAUUUGAGCUUCAACGAAUUAGGCUCCAACAUCCCAGAAGUGCUGGCAAAUUUAACCUCAUUGAAGAUAUUAAAGCUACAGGAAAAUCUCUUCACGGGUAAAAUUCCAAACGGAUUUCUCAAGUUGUUGAAGCUAAAGGAAUUAAAUGUAUCUAACAAUCAUCUUGAAGGGGAAAUUCCAGAGGGUAAACCUUUGGUUGACUUUCCCGAGAGUUCAUAUUCUGGAAAUAAAGGGUUAUGUGGAAAGCCUCUCGGUCCUUGUAAACUUUGAAAAUUGUCAAGUGUAAUGCUACUUAAAGCUAUUCUCGCAAUCGUUCAGAAACAUGAUUUUCAGCUUGAUACACAACCAGAAAACUGAGCAUUCAAAUAUUUCACCAGGAAAAGGAUAGAUACAUCUCUUUUUUCAUUCCUUUUUUUUAUUAUUAUGUAGAAAUAGAAACCUAA